AGCUCUGCAGACUCUGACAUCACAGGUACGGAGUGACGCCAGCAGCUCCUUCCAUGAAUGGAAACAUGGCGGCUGCCAUGGAGUUGAGAUGCUGGGGAGGAGACUGGGGUUUGCCUUCCGUCCACACCGAGUCUCUCAUAGUCCUGGUAACAUCGCUGUCUCUUUGUGAAAAUAACACGGUCGUUGUGUAAAAGUCGAAUUGUCAAAUGGAAAGCUUUGUUUCCCGUGUUUUGUCUCGUCUUUCUCUGUGUAUCUCUAGCUAGCUUUCAUGCUAACUCACCCUCUGCAGUUUGUUUGUCAGAUGCUCGUGCCCAGCUGGUUAUUAUGCAGGAUAGGAAAUAAUAAUAAUGAUAAUGAUAAUAAAGGGUCAUUCCGGUUAUUUCAUGGUUUCCCACAGCAGAGAUGGACUUAUAAGGUCCAUCUUUUUUACACUGUUUAGGCUGGUUGUCAAAAGUUUCUAUCACAGCUAACAGAAAUAUGCUUCUUCAAGGUCAGCUUAUUGAAGGUAAUACUUUAACAUGUUGGGGUAUUUUCAACAUUAUCACGCUAAACGUCUAUCGACGGUAGCCGAGGAGGUCGCAAUCUGGUCAGAAAAGUCAAAUCGAGUCAUUUGUUGGCUGUUUAUCACACGUUUCUGUCUCUGAAUACGUGCGCUUACAACCCCAACCACAGGGGGACACUUUGGCCAGUUCUCCUACAGAGUACACAUGUAUACCGCUAAUAUAGUAUUCAUUGGGAUUUUUGUUGUUGUUCAUUAAAUCAGUCAAAUUUUAUUUAUAUAGUGCCAAUUCACAACAGUCGUCAUCCUAAGACGCUUUCCAAAGAAAAAGAGGUCUAGACCACGCUCAUUGUUUGAUGAAUUAUCAAGACCCAACCUAAGAUGGGACAGAUUUAACUCAUCUCAUCUAACAUGAGUAACAGUGGCAAGGAAAAAUUCCUUUUAACAGGCAGAAACCUUGGGAAGGACCAGACUCAUGCUAGACAGCCACCAGGCCGCUGCUGGGUUGGGGAGAGAAAGAGAUUGUUGUUGUUUUAUUUGUGAUGGUGUCUUUUAUUUUUAUUGCUGGGUUUUAUUUAAAGCGACGUGAACUUCUAGUUUGGCUGUAAUCUUUCAUGUCAAUUUUUCUUUCAGGCCUAUGCCAAGUUUUCUGGAGCCAAAGUCACAGUGUCUCCUAUAGACUGGACAUGGAGGACUCUAACAGGUGGGCUGCAGCUUGCCAUAAACUAGACUGUCAUAACAAUGAGGUCAUGAUGGUAAAUGUCAUGGAUUUAGUGUUUAUGGUGCAUAUACAUUGGAAAAGUGAAAAUAAUCUGCAUGAUUCCUUUGCAGAUGUCUUUUUGCUUUGAAAAUAAAACACUCCCAAAACAAUAUAUAUUAUUUUCUAAAUGUGUCUGUCAUGACCUUUGAAAACAACUAUGAGAAAAUUCUAUUUAGUAGCAAAAAUUGACUGUUUGUAUAAUUGUUGCAUCUCGUUGGAUUUCAUAAAUGGCAGGGAUGGGAGUAAAUUGGAGGUAGAUAGUACUCCAUGCAUGAGAAAACCUUACCAUUGAUGCAGUUUUACUCUUUAAUAACAUUGCCUUGUUUCAUUUGCGAUAUGUUCUUGUCAUUUAAUCUGCAGCAACAGUCCCAGAGUUGCUUUGUGGAGACUCUGCAGUUCAAGAACCAACACAGAUCCUCAACUUCCUCAGAAAACAAGUAAGAGUGGAUGGCUAUUUCCUCCCAAUCAGCUGAGAGUAUCAGACAUAACCCCUAGAUAUACUGUUAUAGCUAUGGAUUCUUUGUUUGUAGAGAUUUAAUGCAGACUUUGAGCUGACAGCCAGACAAGGAGCAGAUACUAUGGCGUACAUCGCUCUGAUCGAAGAAAAACUGAUGCCAGCUGUGGUAACAACAUCUCUGAUCUGUUUUUUUUCUAACUGAAUCUUAUCUUUUAGUCCUGUCAAGAUUCAGAGUGACAAUAUGUGUUCCACAGUUACACACAUUCUGGGUGGAUGCAGAAAACUAUGCCAAUCUGACGCGGCCUUGGUUUGCCUCGCACUCCCCAUUCCCAUUGAACUUCAUUGUUCCAAGUCGCCAUGCCAAUGCUGCCCUCUCUCGUAUCCUACUAACUAAAGGAGAAGCACCGCUGCACAGAAUCACUGAAGUGGAGGGAAAGGUAAACACUGACUUGUCUUUUGUCUUCUUGAAGUUAAGACAUGAGUGUGAAGUUGCAACAAAAUGAUACUAGCUUUGCAUUUCAGAUUUACAGUGAUGCCAAAGAGUGCCUGAACCUCCUUGCUUAUAGGCUAGGACAAGCUAACUUCUUCUUCGGCAACUCGUAAGUAUUGUUACAUUUUGUUUGAGAGCUUUUCCAUGUGACAACAAACAAAUGUCUUCAGUUCAUGAAAUAAUUGUUUACUGUAUAAUUAUGCUAGUUGUCUCCGUGUAGGUGAUUUUCCCAAUGGAAAUCCAGCUACUACUUUUUCAUAGCUUGCCUCCGGAGGGGAAAAACAUAAUCAGAUAUGGUUCAAAAUUCUGAUUUGUGGACUAAAAGUAUGGAAAAUGAAAAAGGAAACUUGGGUUUGGUAAUGUGGCGUUGGGCACAUUAGGCUGUGUGGGUUUUCCAAAGUUUUAUUGGAGAUCAUUCUGGAAGAAAUCUUCAAUUCGAGAAAAUGCUUCAAAGUGCUGACUUUGAUUGCAGAAUAAAUAACACCGAUAAUCAACACUGAUCAUAUAAAAAAAAUCUUCCUUAGAUAUCUCAAAUUGAGGCUGAAUGUGUUGUUAUUUUUUCUCAUGUGGGUUUGUGUUUUGUAGGCCGACCAGCCUGGAUGCCUUUGUGUUUGGCUUUGUGGCUCCUCUUUACAAAGCCAGUCUACCCAGCAGCCCACUGCAGAGCCACCUUAAACAGCUGGAUAACAUCACACACUUCUGUGACAACAUCCUUGCUGUUUACUUCAGCUCAGACCACCCUAGUAAGAGCUCUGCACAGACAGGGGACAUUCACACACUUGAAACUCCAAUAUUGUGAAAUCUACACUAGGAUACAUAGGAGAAGUUUGCAGUGGCUUGCAUACAUGUCAACUAACAACAGUGGCAUUUUCCGUCUUCUUACACCCGUGUUUCACUGCAUGCUUGCUCUUUCUUUCUUAAUUUUUGGGUGUUCAUUGAUCUAACCCUGCUCCCUUUUCCUCUGCCUCAUCUUUCUUCUUCCUCUAACAUCAUCUCUCCCCAGGUCCCCCUCCACCUGUCCAGGAAUCAAUGGAUGCCAACCUUCAGAAACUAACUCAGCUUGUAAAUAAAGAGUCCAACUUGAUAGAGAAGGUGCUUCUGCUUUCCUUUUAUCCUCUUUGCAUGAGUUCAUGGGUGCAUGUGUCAGGUACAGUCUCAGCUGAAAUAAAUAGUAGAAGUAGUGAAUCUUUCAAAAUUGUAGUCAUACUGUUACUCCACCAUCCUGCUCUGACUAAUCUGGACCUUCUGAACUUUAGAUGGAUGACAAUCUCCGCAGCAGCCCUCAGCACAAACCCCACAGACCAGAGCCCAAACCCAGUCUGGCCAGUGAGAAGAACUCAACCCCGGCCUAAUCCUGACCUCUCAGCCUCUAUGAAUGGAAGAGGAACAGCCUUUAGAUUAAAGGUGCAGCUUUAUAUCGGACUAAAUUUCUUGUAAUGGAAGAAAAUGUCAUCCAGCUGAACUUUACCUUAAACAGCAAAUGAUCCGGUAAUAUAUGGGUGUGUGCUGUAAAAUUGUAAAAGAGACUCAUUAUACAGCAGAAUAAUGAUGAUAGCUUUUAAAGAUGCUGGCCUGACGGAGAAGGGAGAGUGCAUGUGUGAGGUUAUUUUUAAAAAAGGUUGAGUGCAUGUAUGUGGUAGAGGGCUGAAUGCUUUGAAGAGGUGCCUGAUGGGAAAGAUAUAAAGUUAAAAGAAAAGCUUGAAGUAAAUGAAAAGUCCAGCAGAAAAAAAGGAAACUAAAGAUCGGGCUUCUGGUUCAUCUUUAUUUUUCAUGAUACUGUGUGUAGUUUUUUUUUUUUGUCAGAAGUAACUUUUUCCUGCUCAUUUUCAGUUUAAAAUGUCCUGACCUACAUUAUGGGGAUAUUUAAAUUACUGAGUUGUUUUUACAUUUAUCUAAAAAAUUAGUCAGGCUGUGACCUUAUUAAGUUAUGUAAAUCCCCAGAGUUUAAAUCUGUGUUUUAUCAUAGAGGUUCUUAGAUCCCGUAGCACCCCUCUGAGCACAUAUCCUCUGCAAAAAAAAAAAAUGUUAAGUAGAUUAUAACAGCAUCUGAAUUGUAAUGUACAGCAUGUAUGUCAGUACUCAAUGAUAUAGAGAACACCAUGCACUUUUUUUGCUUUGCUCCCUUUGCUUUGUAUAGCUUGUAAAGAUGUAAAUAGUUUCAUUAUUUAAAAUUCCUCUAAUAGGGCUGACCAGCUUAUCUUUUUACCGGGACAUUAAGGUAAAGGAAGGUCUUUAACAGAUUUUAUUUACUUAUUCAUGCAGGAAAAUGAGGGACAACUGUUGUAAACCUGUGUAUCACUAAUCAGAGAAACCCUGCGUCACUAAUACCAAACUCAUUUCUGUUGUUGCUGUGUUUUUUUCUUGUUUUUGUUUGUUUGUACUGCUGUGUUUUCAUUUGCUGUGCCUAUUUAACAUCACCUUGUUAAAGCUUAAGUGUCUGUCCCACUUUGGGAAUUUUCUCCAUCUGCCUUUUUGUUUUAUUCAUACUGUGUGAAUUUCUCUGAUUGAAAUUGAACUUUAAAGUGUUGGGUUUUUUUUAUUACUGUUUGUUUCCUAGUUUCCUCACAGCUCACACAUUUACUCAACCAUGUCUGCUUUCAUUAUUUUUUUCCCAUGUAUCAGUUGUAAAAUCUAAAUACUUGUGAAGACAUUAAGCUGUUGCAACGUCCAAAUUCCUGGUUACAUUCCCUUUAAAGCACCAUAUCCUGUGACUAAAGCAUUCAUUUCUAUGUGUGUUUGCUACCAAUCCCAAAAUGUUGUUUCAGAAGACUGUAUGGGUACAGUGUGCCUUCAUGACUGCUCGUAUAUUUGUACAAACGUCAAAAUACGACCUCUAUAAUUUUGAUACAUCAUCAUAAAUUCUGUUGUCUGUCUGUCAUUCUCUGUGGAUAACUGAUGUUUUAUUGAAAUACAGAUACAGUGAUCUAACCACAAACUGUCUUUUAUUUUUCCACACAUCUUUUUUUGUAAAAACAGGCAGUUGCUUGGAUUAAUUUAGCUUUUUUUGUCCUAUUUUUUGUUCUUUAAAGAAGUCCUGAUGCCCAAGUUGGAACAUAGGCUGCUUGUUUUUGCCCUUGACUGUUUUUUUUUCUUGUAGUUGUUGGGAGAACAGAGAGCUCUUUGUUUGGCUCUGGACUUAGGAGUGGAAAAAUAAGUAAUUAUGCUGAAAGGAUGUGACAAACUUGAUAUCAGAUAUUUUCAAAGUCAAGUCAUGGGUCACUUAAGGGCAUUACUUCUGCCAAGCCUUCUCCUGGCUGGUCAGAUCUUUUCAAAGGAGCUAAUUCUUGUAUAUCAAUUACAUAUUUCAAAUCACAACGAUUUUACAACAUUAUAAACCUUCUCCACGAUGUUUGUCAGAAAUAUGUGCUUCUUGGCUACUUUCAGCCGAAACAGACAGGGAUCCUUCCAAAUUCAAAAACAAAUCCUACCAAUUUUCCAACUCUGUUUCAUCCACUUUGGGAAAAGGCAGAUAACAGCCAGUCCAAGGGAAAUGUUAGUUUUCAAAGUCCUCGCCAGGUUUUAGUUGAGGAAUCCAACAGAUCACAUGGAAACCAGCAGCCAUGCCAUAUUCCUCUUUCUCCCGCACUCCUCCUCCUUUGUUGAUUUUUGGGAAAUGAAGCAAAGUGUCAUACAUGAUGAAAAAUAAGGGUACUAGUGCCUGGAAAAAUUGCAGCACGGUAACUAUGAAAUGACAAGUCAUCUGGAGAACGUUGUGUUACUGUAAGUGAGAUAUACGACUUCUUGAGAAUCAGUAGCUGUAAACCAUGAAAAGUCUGGAAGUCUACCCAGUGUAAUGGACUUUGCAGAACAUGUUGGAUUAGUUACCAUCUGUAUUUGAUUGAUCUCAGCUCUUCCAAGUGUAAUGUAAAAACCAUGAAACUCCAUGAGUGCUGUGCAUAUUUUAAAUUAUAUAAUGAAAAUAAUGCAUAUUACAUUACAUUACAGUCUGUGAAAGGGGCAAUGAAACAAACAUGCCAACAAAACUUGUAAACAACAGAAAGUAACCAAAAAAUACAGGAAAUACACCUAUGAGAGUUAGUCUGUGGUUGUUUGUUUUCAAUGAACUACUUUAGAGUUGUAGAAAUAAUAAAGUAGAAUUCUGUUCGUUAAAUUAGCCACAUAAGGGACUACAGUUCAGUUCAAUUUUAGCUGAUCUAGGGCUAAGGUGAAACAUAAUGGAGUUCUGAGGCCCUCUAGUGGUCAUUGUAAGUCAGAGAAACAGUGAGCGGAGGCAAAACACUCUUCAGUCCACUUUUCAUAUAGAAAAUGGCAGUUUGGUUUAACCACAAAAUUUGUUCACAAGACAGGCAAACAAUCCAUCUCAACUCUCUAAGAGUCAGAUAAAACAUUUUUUAAUCAUAUCUGAAAGAUAUUUACACAAUUUAACAAUAUGAAACACAGUUAAAAGUGCUGCAGGAGUCUGUUGGAGCUAUAAACUUGUUUUUUCAACUGUGCCAAAGGAAGCCUUGACUUUUGUUUGACUAGAACAAAGUGCUUUUGAUAACACUUUGCAG